AUGGCACCAGGGAAAUCAUUAAAUUUACGUGGAGGUUCUGUUAGUCCAAGUGCACGAUCAUAUGAAGCUUCAGUAAUUAAAGUUGGUGGUGAAGUUUAUGAUCCUGAUGGUUAUCGAAUGGAUGUCACUGUUUGGUUUCGACACAGGAAUGAGGCAUUAUACUAUGUGGACAGUGGAGGUAAUGUUCACGGACCAAUGGAUCAGAGACAUACUGCUCGACUUGGAAACAUUAGUCGAAGCGGUCACUCGAUACCUGGAUCACGUUAUUACCUUGGUGAAAAUUGGUCAAGUGAAAGUGCUAAACGCCGUCAAUCUGAUAGCGGUGCUUGGGAAUCUCAAUCAGAAACUCACAAUCACAACGUUGUCAAUACUUUUCGAAGUCGAACAUAUUCUGAGUCUAAACGGUUGAAUGAGUUAUCCGAUGAUAUGUAUAGAUCCUCCAGAGGGAAUUCAGUGUCUACACGGUAUCAUUAUUCAAACCAGCAGCCUCACUAUAAAACAACAGCAUCACAUAAUGUUCCCAGCGUCUCACCACAAGCACAUAUAUCUCGUUGGUCAUCAAUGCAGACCACUGGCACACAAGGACUUUGGAGAGGUAACAGUACUGGUAGAUAUGCGACCACUUUGACGAGACAACAUAUUAAAAAGCAUCGUGAUCCAGUUGAAAUGGUUGUCAAGCAUACACCAUCUGGAGGAGCAUCACGCGUUGAUUUAGUUUCAGUAGAUAAUCGUCAAGGUAGCCUACCACACUUGCCUUAUUCAGUCAGUACAGGAAUAAGUGAACGUGAGAUAAAAUUGCAAGAUGAGUUGAUUAAUACACAACGAGAGCUACAACAACUGAAACGAUCCAGAAGUCUUACUGGUGAUCAAAAUUUAACACAUUCAACCACUCUGAAACAUACUUUGAAAUCUGGCUCUAGUCAGUAUUUAAACGAUGGUCUAUGGACCACUUACAGUUUGAAAAAGAAUGAAGGUCAACCAUGUGGGGCACGUAUUGCAGGUGAAAUCAAAUGUAUACAAGAUGUACACUUUGCCCUUAGAUAA